UUUCCCUCCCCGCCUGCGCGCCCGCCCCAGCUAUCAUGGCGGCUCCCUUGGCUUUGGUGCUGGUAGUGGCCGUGACCGUGCGGGCGGCCUUGUUCCGCUCCAGUCUGGCCGAAUUCAUUUCCGAACGGGUGGAGGUGGUGUCUCCACUGAGCUCUUGGAAGAGAGUGGUUGAAGGCCUCUCACUGUUGGACUUGGGAGUGUCUCCGUAUUCUGGAGCAGUAUUUCAUGAAACUCCAUUAAUAAUAUACCUCUUUCAUUUCCUGAUUGACUAUGCUGAAUUGGUAUUUAUGGUAACUGAUGCACUCACUGCCAUUGCCCUGUAUUUUGCAAUCCAAGACUUCAAUAAAGUCGUGUUUAAAAAGCAGAAACUCCUCCUAGAACUAGACCAGUAUGCCCCAGAUGUGGCCGAACUCAUCCGAACCCCUAUGGAAAUGCGUUACAUCCCUCUGAAAGUGGCCCUGUUCUAUCUCUUAAAUCCCUACACGGUCUUGUCUUGUGUUGCAAAGUCUACCUGUGCCAUCAAUAACACCCUCAUUGCCUUCUUCAUUUUGACCACCAUAAAAGGUAGUGCCUUCCUCAGUGCUAUUUUUCUUGCCUUAGCAACAUACCAGUCUCUGUACCCGCUCACCUUGUUUGUUCCAGGACUCCUCUAUCUCCUGCAGCGGCAGUAUAUACCUGUGAAAGUGAAGAGCAAAGCCUUCUGGAUCUUCUCUUGGGAGUAUGCCAUGAUGUACGUGGGAAGCCUAGUGGUAAUCAUUUGCCUCUCCUUCUUCCUCCUCAGCUCCUGGGAUUUCAUCCCUGCAGUAUAUGGUUUCAUACUUUCUGUUCCAGAUCUCACUCCAAACAUCGGUCUUUUUUGGUACUUCUUUGCGGAAAUGUUUGAGCACUUCAGCCUCUUCUUUGUAUGUGUGUUUCAGAUCAACGUCUUCUUCUACACCAUCCCCUUAGCCAUAAAACUAAAGGAGCACCCUGUCUUCUUCAUGUUCAUCCAGAUUGCCAUCAUCUCCAUCUUCAAGUCCUACCCAACAGUGGGGGACGUGGCCCUCUACAUGGCCUUCUUCCCUGUGUGGAACCAUCUCUACAGAUUCCUGAGAAACAUCUUUGUCCUCACCUGCAUCAUUAUUGUCUGCUCCCUGCUUUUCCCUGUCCUGUGGCACCUCUGGAUUUAUGCAGGAAGUGCCAACUCUAAUUUCUUCUAUGCCAUCACACUGACCUUCAAUGUUGGGCAGAUCCUGCUCAUCUCUGAUUACUUCUAUGCCUUCCUGCGACGGGAGUACUACCUCACACACGGUCUCUACUUGACUGCCAAGGACGGCACAGAGGCCAUGCUUGUGCUUAAGUAGGCCUGGCUGGACACAGGGCUGCAUGGAUUUCAGGGGAUAUAAGGGCCAGAAGCUGGGCCAAGCCCUCUAGCCAGAGUUGCCACCAGAGGAGGCCUCUGGCAGAUGAGGUUCGAGUCCAGGGCUACAAAUCUCUGGCACCAGAGGGGAGCCAUGGCUGACUGCAAGGCCGAGGGGGAGUAGCCAGGAACUCCUCCACUUGGACCCCCACUUCGUGGCUCUGCACACCAGGGUGUCCCCUCCGAGGCUGGAAAGGGGGAGAAGUAGGUGAGCAGGGUUUGUUAGGUUGUGGCUACUUAAUAAAUUUUUCUUUUUGUUACAAAGAAAUCGA